GCUUAAUUCGUUUCCCUUUGUUCACCUCACCUCUGUUCGUCGUCUUCUCCUCGUUUCGAGCUAAGCAUGACAGCUCAUCCAGCUGCUCGAGCUCGCGUCGGCAAAUUAACGUUUUGCUCUGGAUGUGUUUGAGGCAGUCUCGUUCAAUCGACUCAUAUAAUCGAAACGGAUGUUAUUAGUAUAAGCUAUCCUUUGUUUUUGUCGACGUCGGGAGUGAUUAGCAGUCUUAGGAAACAAGAGCAGAACAGUUCUAAGAAGGGUAGACAUGGAGGUGGAAAGCGUGAGGUUUGAAUGGCAGAAAAGACCCAUUGUCCGCCCGCGAGCCUCACGAAUUUACAGUGACGCGAUGGGUCUGCGUCCUCUCGCGUUUUGCCCUUUACUACAGUUUUACGCUCGAUUGUCUUUGCGAUUUUUCUUUGGUUUUAUGUCUGAUGACAUUCGAACUAAAAACAGCGACACCUGCAGGGACCAUAUAAAUGCCCAAAAUAGAAAAGAGACGACUUGUUUAAAUGCUCAUUUUCCUCUCUCUCUCUCUCUCUCUCGUGUGGAUACUUGGAUUAUCCACCGCCAACCAUUUCGAAGUCACCAAUGCGAAGAAGGGCAGAAGGUGAGCUCGCCGCUUUCAGCGAUGGCUGCAAGGAGAGCAAGAGGGUCAGCAGCACCGGCAUGCUUCUGUGCUGCAAGCUCUACAUAUCUGAAUCGAGAAACCGCACCGUGCUCGACUCCAUCGAACGGGCAGCCCGCCUCGACCCGGAGACCAUCAUCGUGAAUAAGUUUGAGGACCGGGCUUACAACCGUGUCCGGUACACUCUCGUGUCCUACGUCGUCCAUGACUGCACAGGCCAGGCCGUGUACAGCCCUUUGCAACAAACUGUCAUGGCCAUGGCAGAAGCCGCGUUCGAGGCGAUAAACUUGGAACUGCACUCAGGAGCCCACCCUCGGCUCGGGGUGGUGGAUGACAUCGUCUUCCAUCCGCUCGCCCGAGCUUCUCUCGAUGAAGCAGCUUGGCUUGCCAAAUCUGUGGCUGCCGACAUUGGCCUCAAACUCCAAGUGCCAGUGUUCCUGUAUGCUGCUGCGCAUCCAACCGGAAAGGCCCUAGACACCAUCAGGCGCGAGCUCGGCUACUUCCGGCCCAAUUUCAUGGGCAACCAGUGGGCUGGAUGGACGAUGCCUGAAGUCCUCCCUGAAAGGCCCGAUGAGGGCCCGACACACGUUUCUCGAGCGAGAGGUAUCACCAUGAUUGGGGCCCGGCCAUGGGUUGCCCUGUACAAUGUCCCCAUCCUGUCGACAGAUGUGUCGGCCACCCGGAAAAUAGCCCGUAUGGUGAGCGCUCGGGGAGGAGGGUUACCGACGGUGCAAACGCUGGGCUUGGUUCAUGGCGAAGAUGCAACCGAGAUCGCUUGCAUGCUGCUGGAGCCCAACCAGAUUGGAGUAGACCGGGUCCAGAACCACGUCGAAAUGCUAGCAGCCCAGGAAGGAUUGGAUGUGGAAAGAGGAUAUUUUACCGACUUCUCACCAGAAAUGAUAAUAGAAAAGUAUGUGAAAUUAGUGUCUUCCAGGGAAGACUAAAAAAGCUAAGACGGGCUUCCAGUGACAUCAACAUUAUCUGCAUAUUGUUGCUCACAAUGGUGGAACUGUGUAUAUUAUGACUGUUGAUAGUAAUCACUUUUGACCAC